GGAACACUGACCUAAUAUAACACAUUCGGUGACGACAGCCGCUGUUACACUAUGUACCUAAUGUUAUAAAUUCUAAUGAGGUUUACUGGCUUAACCAUAACUCUUCCUUAUACAUCACCAACGAUUCUUAUGAGACACAACGUUAAUACAUUAAACCAUACCAGAGCUCCAGUCUCUCUCGGACAAAAGAAACCAUUUCAUAAGUAAACGUCGGCUUCAGAUCAAAUAUCGCAACCAUUAAUUAUAUUAGAUUCAAUUAUACGGAAUCAUGACGCGUCUUUUUCAGUUAGGCCUAGCCAUCGAGGCCAUCCUCAACAUCGCCGGUGCCGUCCCAUUUAUACUAUAUCCGGAAUGGUGUCUAUCAUUCGCAGUCACUCCUAACUCGACCGUGCCUCCUAGUUCUUCUUUAUUGUGGCAGGUCUAUGGCGCUCUCGUUCUAGCUCUCACAAUCCCGUUAGUCCUAUGCAUCCCGGACUCCAAAGCCGUAAGGGAGAAGCGUCAAAUCGUGUUCACCACUCUCCUCGCCGGAGAGGUCUUCCUAGAAGCUGUCCUACUUUGGCAUGUCUCACGACCGGACGAGAGCGGAUUUACAUUGACUUCCCUCGUUCUCAGCGCAGUCUUCUUGCUGCCAGCUCUGUCUUGGCAUGCCUUUGCCACCUAUAUCAAACCUGACUUAAUGGAGAGCGACAGCGAACUUUCAGGCAGCACAGCCAAGAAAACACUAUAAAUCGCUAUAACACACCAGGUCACAUUAUUCGGAUAGGAUCAUUUGGAAUAAGAACCGUAUUUACUCAACCAAAAUUCAUAGUACAACAUCAAAUAACACCAA